UGGCGCCCGGUUGCCCCCUUUCUUCCCUGACGCACGGUGACGGCAUGUUACCCAUCGUUCCUCCUCAGCAGAUGGUCUCCACGUCUCCCCCAUCUACACCAAACCACAACUCUCAGAGUAAUGGCUACCCCUCCCCGCCCAAGCAGCCUUUCCACACUACUUGGACAGGAAGCAGCACCGCGUCCUAUACGCCCAGUCCGGCACCGCAGCCUAACGGGAGGGGAGGUCAACAGGCACCGCUUCAGCACCCCAACCAUUACUGGCCUCUUCACCAGAGCUCUCCCCAGUACUCACACCCUGUAUCCAAUCACCCAGGCCCGGAGUUCUGGUGUUCGGUCGCAUACUUUGAAAUGGACGUUCAGGUGGGAGAAAUCUUCAAGGUGCCCUCAAACUGCCCGGUGGUGACUGUGGACGGAUACGUAGACCCCUCCGGAGGAGACCGCUUCUGCCUUGGACAGUUGUCUAAUGUCCAUCGUACAGAUACGAGUGAGCGGGCGAGGCUGCACAUCGGGAAGGGCGUCCAGCUGGAGUGCCGCGGAGAGGGAGACGUCUGGAUGAGGUGUCUCAGUGACCACGCAGUGUUUGUCCAAAGCUACUACCUGGAUAGAGAGGCGGGGAGAGCGCCGGGGGACGCCGUGCACAAGAUCUACCCCGGAGCGUAUAUCAAGGUGUUUGACCUGCGGCAAUGUCAUCGCCAAAUGCAGCAACAGGCCGCCACCGCAACGGCAGCAGCAGCGGCCCAGGCAGCGGCAGUGGCUGGAAACAUCCCAGGCCCAGGAUCUGUGGGGGGCAUUGCACCAGCUGUCAGUCUCUCUGCCGCUGCCGGGAUUGGGGUUGAUGAUCUCCGCCGCCUCUGCAUCCUCCGCCUCAGUUUUGUCAAGGGCUGGGGCCCCGACUAUCCCCGUCAGAGCAUCAAACAGACGCCAUGUUGGAUAGAGGUCCAUCUACACCGGGCGCUGCAGCUUCUGGAUGAAGUCCUUCACACGUUGCCAAUGGCCGAUCCGAAUUCAGUCAAUUAGUACUGAGGGGUCUGAGAAGAGACGGUACAGGGUGGUGACCCAGGAGGACCCCAGGAGGCGUCUUCUAUGGUUUAAUUUGUGACUAUGGCCGACAGUCUUCUCCGGUGUGGGGGAUGGACCUUGUGGUGCGGACGCUUUAUUUUAACUCUUUAUUAUCUGCACACGAGGAUCCAGAAGACUGGAGGAACCUCAGCUUUAGGUCAUCUCCACAUGGUCUCCAUGUAUGGCGGACGGGUCUGUGGCCCCGACUGGAGGUGACGUCACAUGGGCAGGAGCUUUUUAUAUUGGUUUUAAGGACAGAGCAGGGAAAAUACAGGACAAUCUGCGAGGCCAAAAAUACGACAAAUUAGACCGGGGGAGGAGGCGGCUUUUUGAUAGGAUUUCCACAGACAAACUGACUUAUAUUAAAUAAAAUAUUUAUGUACUAUG